AAGCGAAUUUGCCGCCACAACAACAACACUGCGGGGGCAGCGGCAGCAACAACAGCGGGUUUCCAACACCACACACUCGCCUCGGUGUGCUCAGCGGCAUCAAGGGCGCGCGUUGCGUUGCUCACUCAGCAGCUCAUUUCCAAUUGUAACCGUCAAAGAUGCACAUCAAGCGGGUGACCAUCAAGGGCUUUCGCAGCUACCGCGAACAGACAUUCGUGGAGCCCUUCUCUCCACACCACAACGUCAUUGUGGGACGCAAUGGCUCUGGCAAGAGCAACUUCUUCUUUGCCAUCCGCUUUGUGCUGAGCGAUGCCUUUGCCAGCCUUCGCGCCGAGGAGCGCCAACGCCUGCUCCACGAGGGAGCCGGCCACGCCGUCAUGUCCGCAUAUGUCGAAAUUGUCUUUGACAACUCCGACGAGCGCAUUCCGACGGACCGCGAUGAGGUGACGCUGCGCCGCAGCAUCGGCGUGAAGAACGACGACUACUACCUCGACUUUAAGCGCGUCAACCGCUCCGAAGUCCUCAACUUGCUCGAGAGCGCCGGGUUUUCCCGCUCAAACCCAUACUACAUCGUCCAGCAGGGCAAGAUCAAUGCGCUGGCGACGGCGACAGACGCGGAGCGCCUCAAGCUCUUGAUGGAGGUGGCCGGAACAAGCGUGUACGACGACCGGCGCAAGGAAUCACUGGACAUUCUCGACGAUACGCACAACAAGCGGCAGCGGAUUGAGGAAGUGCUCAUGGACAUUGAGCGGCGACUUGAAGAACUCGAGGAAGAGAAGCAGGAGCUCUCCGAGUACCAGGCGCUGGAUAAGGAGAAGCGCUCUCUCGAGUACGCCAUCUACAGCGACGAGCUGCAACAACACAAGGAGCGCCUUGAAGAGGUGGAGCGUAAACGCCAAGAAAUCUCCCAGCAGAACCUGGAGAACAACAAGAGCAAUGCGGAGAUGAGCAAACAGAUUGCCGACUACACAGAAGAAAUCAACACCAUCGCCCAACUCACAGAUCGCCUGGACGACCAGAUUGCUGCGCUGGCGGCUGAGCAGCAGCAGAAGCAGCGGCAACUCGCCGACCUCAACAUCUCCCUCACCGAGGAGGAGCAAGCGGUGGCGGAGAGCAACACGACGCGCAAGAGCGCCCUGACGGAGUACAAGCAGGUGCAGAAGCGGCUGCAGAAGCGCCGCAAGGAGCUGGAAGCCAUCCUGCCGACAUACAUCACGCUCAAGGAGAACAAGGCCAGCAUCUCUGCACAGCUCAACGACUGCCAGCAGCGACACGAGGACAUUCUUCGCAGACAGACGCGCGGCACCAUGUAUGGAUCUGUUGAGGAGCGGGACCGCCAUCUCAGUCGCGAAAUUGCCGAUCUGAAGGAGGCGAAAGCGACGGACACAGCGGAGGCGCAAUCCCUCGCGCGCGAACGAAAGCAGAAGGAGAAGCAGUUGAAGAAGGAGCGGAAAAGGCUCCAGGAAGCACAAGAGAACAUCAAAUCACGACGGGCUGGGCUUGAGCAGGUGGCGUCAAAGUUGAACGACCUCCGCGUGGAGAGAAAUCAGGCGCAGAACGAGAAGCGGCGGGCGCAGCAGGCGGCGGAAGAGGUGGGCGCCGAGCUGUCGACCAUCGCUGAUCACAUCCGAUCCUGCGAAAAGAAACUCCUCGACACCGCCAACCGGCCCCUCAGACAGGGCCUGGCGUCUGUUGAGCAAGUCGUUGCUGAUCACGGCAUCGACGGUGUCCACGGCCCGCUUCUCAAGCUCAUCACCGUCACAGAGCAGUUCCUGGUGGCGGCGGACGUGACGGGCGGCAACGCGCUCUUCAACAUCGUCGUCGACACAGACCAGACUGCGUCGCGAAUUCUGCAGCACAUGAACGAGAAGCGGCUGCCUGGACGCGUGUCGUUCCUCCCACUCAACCGCCUGCGCCCGUCCACUGCCACCCUGCCGCCCUCGGACGAGUACACCCCGCUCGUCGACUAUAUCGCCGCGGACCAGCGCUUCCUCCCAGCCGUCAAACACGUCUUUGGAAAGACGUUUGUGUGUCGGGAGCUGAAGGUGGCGCAGCGGGUUGCGGACCAGCACAACAUCGACGCCAUCACGCUGGAGGGCGACCGCGUGUCGCGCAAGAACGUGAUCAAGGGCGGAUGGGUCGACGACCGCACGAACCGCCUCAUGCUGCAGCAGGACAUUGCCCACUACGCCCACCAGCACACCGCGAAGAAAGCCAAGUACGACGAGCUGGCAUCAAACGUCGCAAAGGCAGAACAGCAUGUGACGAAUGUUGUGUCGAAGGUGAGCAAUGCGGAGGAGAGCAUCAGCAAGGAGAAGAACGCCAUCGAGUCUGCACAGGCGGACGCGGCGCCGCUGCAGCAGUCCAUCUCGCAGCUGGAGGCGGCGGUGCCGGAGUUGGAGGAGCAGGUGGCCGCGCUCACAGACAAGAUUGCCCGCACGCAGUCCCGCAUCGACUCGCUCGAGACGGAGAUGGGUAGCGACCUCGAGUCCCAGCUUGACCAGGACGCCCAGCAAACGCUGGCGUCGCUGUCCGAGGAAAUUGAACAGGCGCGAACCAACCUCCACGCCAUCAUCACGGAACUCUCAGAUGUGGAGCAGCAAAAGGACACGCUGGAGAGCGAGAUCAACGGCCAUCUGGAGAAGCGCAAGCAGCAGCUUGAACAGGAACUGGAGACGAGUGACGAGGUGCUCAAAGGAACGGCCAUCGAAACACUCAAGACCCAAAUCAGCAACACCGACGAGGAUUUGGCCAAGCUGAAGCAGGAGCUGCGGGCAAAGGAGGCAGAACGCACAAACAAGGAGGAAAAGAAAUCCAAACUCGAGAGCGAGGUGAAGAAACUGCUUGCUGAGCAGACACAGCGGGAUGCUGGCAGCGACCACACGGACGAGGAACUGACACAGCUGUUGGCCAAGCGCUCCCAACUCCGCGAGAAGAAGGAGAAACUGCUUGCUCAGAUUCGGGAUCUCGGAGCGCUGCCGAGCGACGCGUUCCAGAAAUACGCAGAGACGGACAUCAAGACCUUGUACUCGAAGUUGCAGCGGGUCAACAAGAAGCUCAAGAAAUACAGCCACGUGAACAAGAAGGCGCUUGAUCAGUACAUUUCGUUCAGCGAGCAGCGCGAUGCUCUUGUCUCGCGCAAGGACCAGCAGGACAGCGGCGACAGCGCAAUCACAGAACUCAUUCAGGUCCUCGACGCACAGAAGCACGAGGCCAUCAACCUCACCUUCAAGCAGGUUGCGAGCCACUUCAAGGCCGUCUUCAAGGAGCUUGUUCCCCAUGGCGAGGCGUCACUCGUCAUGCAGCGUGCCGACCCAACUGCCGAAUCGCAAGAGAGCGGGACUCUGAGCGCCCCCGACUCUGAUGUGCCUGCGCAUGUGCGGCUGCGCCAGACGACGACAACGGCGUAUUCAGGCGUUGCCAUCCGCGUCAACUUCACGGGCAAGGGCGAGGAUACGCACAUGCUGCAGCAGCUGUCUGGUGGGCAGAAGUCUCUUGUUGCGCUUGCGCUCAUCUUUGCCAUCCAGCGGUGUGACCCGGGCCCCUUCUACCUGUUUGACGAGGUUGACCAGGCACUCGACCCCGCCCACCGCAGCGCCGUCGCCCGCAUGAUCUACAAGGCUUCCCGCGAUGCACAAUACAUCACGACCACAUUCAGGCCUGAGCUGCUUGAGCGGUGCGACAAGGUAUAUGGCGUGACGUUUGCCAACAAAGUCAGCCACAUCAACGUCGUAUCAAAGGAAGAGGCACAGACCUUCAUUGAUGAGAGCCAGGACUGAGAGUGAGUGAAAUGCAGCGUUGCACAUCACCACCAUCACCACCAUUGUCACCAUCACUUCUCCCUCUGUCUUAUUUCUUCCGCUCUUCUUGUGCUUUUCAUUGUGCACCUUUGACCAAACACAUCCCAUCCCAGCCCAUCCAGUCAAGCCAUCAACCAGUCGAUAGUGAUGUCACAUCACACAUCAUUAAACGUUGCACAGCCUUGUCGUGCUCUUCGUGCUGCAAAACACCA